UUAACACGCACGUUACGGAUUUUCCAUCAACUUAUGGUAUGACUUGUGAACUUAUAUAUUUAAUUUUAAAUCUACGAUAAUCCAAUAUUUUAUAAUUUAUAAAAAUCUAAUUAUUUUCAUUUAAGUUUUUAUAAAUAAUAAUUGAUUUUAUCUCACGCACAGUCGCCCACAGUAAACAUAGUAGCAUAAAUAUAAAAAAACAAAAAAAAAACCUAUUAAGAGAUCCGCCUACGUUUACACCGUUUAGCUCUCAUUCAUACAUUUGCUUAUUCCAUAUAAUUCAUAGCGAGUACAUUAAAUAAAUCACGAACAAUUGGUACGCUUAUUAAAGCAUUUUUCUAUUUUGUAUGGUAUAUUGUAGUGAUGCGUACACAUAUAUAUUAUUAAUAAAUGAGUUAGUUUCAGGCGUCAAUAAAGGAAACAAUCUCGACAAAUUAAACAGCUGUCUUCACAGCUACCUUAAUAACAUAUAUAUUUUUUUUUAUUGUAUGAAAACUUUGAACUAAGAAACAUAAGCGCAAGUCUGCAACUUCAAGAACUCGCUAUUGUAAAUUUUUUUUUUUAUUGCGCGUAUAUUAACUGGAUCUGACUUUUACGAAUGAGAUGACAUUUUUUUUUUUUCUCUCUCCUCUUAAAUCAAUUGUCCAUUUUACAUUAAACAUUCGCUUAUGCAUGAUUAACGUAACUAAGACACCUAUGUAAAUGUAAGCUUGGUUUUUUGACAACGUUUUGACUACUUACAUUAGAUUAAAGUAACUCAAAUACAUUUUAAAUGUUAACUAAAUUAAUUAUCAACUUUAUACCUAUAUUAUUAGUGUUAUUAUUACUAUUAUUAUUAUUCUUUUUAUAUUCAUGCAUAAGGUUAAUUUUACAAUGUCGACUUUUACCCUGAUAAUUUUUAAAUGCAAUUAAACGUUGUCCAUCUUACACAAACCACGUGAACAAAAUGUUGCCAAACUUUGGUGCCCCGAGGCUUAUCAAGAAGCCGACGACAGGGCAGAGCUUCUCAUAGGAACCACUUGGUAGCCGACUAUUGAAAGCUCCACCGAAGGAAGCUCCUCAAAGGCUCAAGAGCCUACGAACCUAGGAGUGUGGUCAUCGAAAACAACAAGUGGUUUUGUGCUAUGAUGACACUGUACCUCCUUGAUCAACCAAUAAUAUUACCUUUAUUUUCAGGAUUUAUGUACUUUUAUCAACAAUUCCCUUUUCACUGUAUUGUUUUUCUUUUAAAAGAUUCAGAGACGAAUCUUACCGGGGGAGGGCGAACUGUAACGUACACAUUAUUCGUCCUUCACCAACAUUAACAUUUCAAUACCACACUAGUGCCUGAUCAGCACAAACGUCCCUAUGACCUACUACAGAUAUGCGGCACGCGCGGGUGUAAACAAAACCGAUGAUAUUCUUUUUCAUUAAAGCAAAUAUAUAACGACAGGCAGUCGACAUUUUACCACGCUCGCGGCAACUCAUUAUUUAUUGCAGAUUAUAUUUUUAUUACUACAACUUAAUUCCGACAAUAUUAUUUUCUACUAUUAAUUUAACUAUUAUUAUUUAUUUAUUUACAAUCGGAUUUGUGUACGUUCGCCGCUGUCGCUCACCUAAUUUGGAUGCCACAACAUCUCUAGAGAUCCAGUCAGGUGUUUGAAAUUUUGCUAUGGAAGAAGUAUUUGACGAUUUUUCAUCAAAUGAUGAUGAUAUUUUGGCCUCAGUAUUGGAAGAAAGUAUUAGACACUACAAUGAAGUGGAGUUACCAUUACGAUCUAUUACUUAUCAGCCAAAAUCAGGGUUUAGUAAUUUUACUGAAGACAUAGAAAACCCUGUGAUUGACUUGUGUUCAUCACCAAAAAAACAUUCCAUGGUACAGAGUAGAUUGUCUAAUUUUUUUGUUAAACCGACAAAUUAUAAUGAAGAAGUAACUAAUGAACUUCAAAAGAUAGAUUCUUGUAUCAAACCAGAAGAUAAAGAAGCUAACAAUUAUGACAGGAAAACUACUAUAGAUUCUAUCGAUGUGAAUGAUAUCAUUAGCUCUUCACCAGCCAUUUUCUAUAGAGGAUCUGAUGCUGAAGGAUUUCAUUUGUCAUCUGGUUCACAUUUUGUGUAUCCAUCUAACUUCCCUGUCAGAGAGUAUCAGAUGAGUAUUAUUAAGACUGCUUUAUUUCAUAACACUUUAGUUAGUUUGCCAACAGGAAUGGGCAAAACUUUUAUUGCAGCUGUAGUUAUGUAUAAUUUUUACCGUUGGUAUCCAACUGGGAAAAUUGUUUUCAUGGCACCAACAAGGCCUUUAGUUGCUCAGCAAAUUGAAGCUUGUCAUACCAUAAUGGGUAUUCCUAGGGAUGUAACAUUUGAAAUGACAGGAAGUAUACCUCCUGAACAGAGAUAUUUAGCAUGGAAAAAAUAUAGAGUGUUUUUUUUAACUCCCCAAGUAAUGGCUAAUGAUAUGGCUAUCAAUAAGUGUCCAACGGAUUUAUUAAAAUGCAUUGUUAUAGAUGAAGCACAUCGAGCUACAAAAGAUUAUGCGUAUGUUCAGGUUCUAAAAGGCUUACAAGUUCAAAAUAGAUUAGUUAGAAUUAUUGGAUUAUCUGCUACUCCAGGAACUACAGUUGAUGCUGUGACAGAAGUUAUACAAAAUUUGAACACAUCAAAGUUGGAAUAUAGAACUGAAGAAUCCCUUGAUGUUGUUAAGUAUUUAAAUAAAAAAGAUGUUGAAUGCAUUGCAGUAAAGCUUACAGAUUCAAUUCUCAAUAUACGUUCUUCAUUUUUAAUGGUCUAUGACAAAUAUUCAAGACGUUUAAAACAGUACAAUGCUCUUAAUGGAAAUGUUACUAAUUUAACAAAGUUUCAAGUAUUAGGCGCAAAACAAAAAUUUCAAGCAAGUAAUAUGGCUAGAGAGAUGCCAAAAGCUUUGGUUGGCUGUUUGAUAAAUGACUUCACUAUUUGUAUGUCUUUAGCUUAUGCAUUGGAGUUAUUGACUACGUAUGGAAUAAAAGUGUUUUAUUUGCAAUUAUUAGAACUUUUAGAAUGUCAUAAAUGCUUAACUAGUGAUUCUGAAGUUGGAAAACUAAUGCAUGAGAUUAAUAUUGAAUUGAAUAAACAGGAUCUAACAUGGAGCCAUCCAAAACUUUAUGAAUUAAAAAAAAUUGUUUUGAAUUACUUUAACAUGGAAAAUGCUGAUGCAAAUAGUAAAAUAAUAAUUUUUUGUCAGUAUCGAUUAGUUGUAGUAGAAGUGUUUGAACUAUUGAAAAGUUUUGGUGAACCAAUAAAACCUGUUAUGUUUGUGGGCCAAUCUCUUAAAGAAAAAGGAGGACUAUGUCAAAAAAAACAAUUGGAAGUUAUGGUUCGAUUUAAAAAUGGUGACUUUAAUGUUUUGAUAGCUACAAGUGUAGCUGAAGAGGGAUUAGAUAUUGGUGAAGUUGAUUUAAUUAUUUGUUUAGAAGCUAAUAGAUCUCCUAUUAAAUUUGUUCAAAGACUUGGACGGACGGGUCGUAAAAGAUCAGGAAAAUGUAUUACUUUGCUGACUGAAGGGAAAGAACAUGUGAAAUAUAAGAGUAGUGUUUCUAGCAGUAAAACCCUUGUGACAAAGCUGUUGAAAAACAAAGUAGUUCUCUCCAAGUUAGGUCAAGGAGGACCUAGAUUAAUCCCUAAUAAUAUUGAUCCAAAACUUUUAAUGGUACAUAUAAAAAAAACUGAGGAAAUUAUUCCAGAAAAUAAAAAGAGAAGGAGUAAAAGGAAAGCUGAUUUGAUUGAAAAUGACGAUGAUAAUAAUGAAAUUAAAGAUAAAAUUAAAAAAAAAAGUAAAAAACGAAAAAUAACGGACUCUGAGUCACCUAAGCAAAAAAACAUUGGAAUAAAUAAUAAUAAUAAGUUAGAUGCUGAAGACAAUUUUUUUAUAAGUAAUAAAAAAGAUGACACUGUCAUAAGUAUUGAUGAUAAUGUUUUAAAAAAAAAAAUUGAUUUACUGUCAUCUAAUGAAGCAGUUUUUGACUAUUUACCAUCAGUAGAAAUUUCUGCUGAUGAUAUGAGUGACACUUUUUCCAAAGAGUUAAAAGUCUUCAAUGAAUGGGAACAGUCAUGUGAAAAUGCUAACUCUGUUUUAGUGAAUGAACUAUUUUUUAAAGUACUGAAUGUAUUUACUGAACCUUGUGAAGAUGUUCAAACAGAAAAUGAAACUAUUUUUUUGAAUGACAAAUGUCAAAAAGUUCAGAAUAAAGUUAACGGGAUAACAAAAUCAGUAUUUGAAACCCGAAAUCAUACUCAAUAUGAUCUGAGCAUGAAUAUGUCAACUGAAAAAAAUAAUUUAUUUAUUGAAUCAAUAAAUAAAGAUGACAAUAGAGCUAAAAUUUUAUCAAUGGACAGUGAUAUUAUUAAUUACAAAGAUAUUAAAAUGUCUACUUUUAAUAAAACCCAAGAUAAUAUAAUAGAAAAUUCCAAAUUAAUUGACUUUAAAGACUUAUUUAAAACUCAAAACUCUAUUGAACAAAAUAAUGACAAUAUCAAACUCAAUGACAAAAAUUUUGGUGAAUAUUCAACUCAUUUAAAGUUUACACAAAGAAGUCCAUUAAUAAAUAGCAGUUAUAGAUUAAAUGAAAUGAGAACAGAUAUUUCUGACUUUAAUAAUGAUUUUUUUAAAAAUCAAAAUGUUAGUAAUGAAAUUGAAAAAAAAAUUCCUGAAUCAUUUAAUGAUAGUAAUACAUUAGAUUUAAUCAGCAUUCAAAAUAGUCCUAUUGUAAGCAGUAGUAAAAAUAGUAAUAUCUUUGAAAACCUAAGUAUUUCUUCUGAUAGCAAUUCAGAUUCUGAAAAUAAACUAGUGAAAAAAAUUAAUUUUGAUGAAUUUUUCAAAAGUCAGCGAGCAAAUAGAUACAUUGAAGACUAUAUGGAAAAAAUUACUGAACUACCUAAAGAAGUAGAAAAAAAUAUUGAUGGAAACUCUUAUAAAAGUUUUAUAUUAAAUGAUGACAAAGAAAGCUGUUCAAUAAUUUCAAAUGAUGCUAUAAGUAAUGCUAAUGAAAAAUUAGUAGAAAAAGAAGGGUUAAUAGAUUUAUGUGAAAGUCAGUCAUCAAGUAGUUGUUAUAAAAUUGAUGGGAACAUUUUUUCAAAUAAAAAAUUACAUUCUGGAAGUUUGAAGAAUAGUACUGUUUGUAAUGAAUACAGUUCUAGUGUUUUAAAAGAAGAACAAUUUCCAAAAACUUCUAAUAAACCAAUAGAUUUUAAACAAUUUUUCAAAAGUCAACGAUCAAAUAAAUACAUUGAAAAUUACACAGAAAAAAUUACUGAACCAUCUAAAGAAGUAGAAAAAAAUAUUAAUGGAAAUUCUUAUAAAAGUUUUAUAUUAAAUGAUGACAAAGAAAGCUGUUCAAUAAUUUCAAAUGAUGCUAUAAGUAAUGCUAAUGAAAAAUUAGUAGAAAAAGUAGAGUUAAUAGAUUUAUGUGAAAGUCAGUCAUCGAGUAGUUUGAAGAAUAGUACUGAUUGUCAUAAAUACAGUUCUAGUGUUUUAAAAAAAGAACAAUUCCCAAAAAUGUCUAAUAAACCAAUAGAUUUUGAACAGGUUUUUAAAAGCCACAUGACUAGUAGUUUUAUUGAAGAUAACAUGGAACGUGAAAGUCAAUCAAAUAAACAAACUAAUGCACUAGAAAAUUCUAAAAACAUAUAUGUAGUAGACAAUAAUGAAACUACCAAUGAAGUUAUGGAUAAAAUUAAUUUUGUUGGUUUAUCAGAAAAUCAUGAAUACAAUUUUGAUUCUAAUGAAAAGACAAAUACAAGUAAUAAUACAUCUAUCAAAAAUUUAAAAAAUAUUAAUAAACAAAGUAAUAGUAUACUAAAUUUUGAAACUAGUUAUAAUUGUAAUUAUUAUGAUGAAAGUUCAAAGAGAUCUAAUAAAAAUAUUGAUUUUGAUGAGUUAUUUAACAAAACUCCCAACAAAUUUAUUAAUUAUUAUUUAACAAGUUCAGAUAAUCCUAAAAAAAAAUUUAUCACAAAUGAUAAUAUUCUUAAAAGUUUAGACAGCUGUGAUGAGUAUAAUUCUACAAAUAUUCAAAACAAUGUAAUGAAAACGAAUGAUUCUCCUGUAUUUUCUAAAAUAAAAAUAAAAAAAUCAGCAACUUGUAUAGAUACUAAAUUUGUUGAUACAACAUCACCGGAUUUUUCAAAAAAAAUUUCAAGUCCUAAUUGUGCUUCAACAUUGCCACAAGUCAAUCAUAAUAUAGUAAAUUUACCUGAAGAGAUACAUGAUGACUUUUGGGCUAAUUCAAGUAAAAUGUAUAAAAAAAAUGGGAUGGAUUUUAAUUUUGAAAUAAAUAAUGAUAUCAAAAGUUGUAGUAAUAGUAGUUUUGAAAAUCAUAUAAAUAAGUUUAAAGAUAAUAAUAGUGUAGAUAGUGAUGAUAUGGAUUUCAUGUUUAUUGAUUACAAAUCCAGCAAUAUUGAACAAUAUGCAUUAAGUCAGAAAUCAAAAUCUCUUUCUCUAUGUUCUAGUCAUGAAAACAAUGAAGUAGAAAAGUUGAUAACUAGUAAUUUAGAUAAAGUUGACAAUACACUGACAUCAGUUAGUAAACUUCCUUCAAUAUCAUCUCCAUUUAUGUGUAUGCAUUCUGGAUUUGCAAAAAAAAAACAAGAUUAUGUAUCCAAUACGACUUCUAAUAAAAAACAUGUUGAGCAAAAUAAUAAUCCAAACAAUAAGCCAUCAGAAACUGGUCGAAUUUCAUUUAAUAAUGAAAUGAAACUCCUUGAAAAAAGUCCUAUAAUAAAAUCAAACACUCAGCCUUUUAAAAUUCAGUCAACUCAGCCAAUUUCUGGUUUGCCUUUUAAUAGCAAUUUAGAGUUAUUAAAAACUUGUAAUCUUUUAAAGCCUGGCUUCAGUUUAAAAAGAAAUGCAUCAAAAACAAUGAAAGCCCCUUCUAUUACACCUAGCAUAAAUGUACCACAGCAAACUGAUGUAUCUCCAAUUCAACCAAAACGAUCUUAUACUCGGACUCAAUCAACUCCAAAAGUUCCAUUGACUCAGAAUAAACCAGUUAAUUUUGAAAUCCCAAUUAAUAUAAAAAAUGAUUUAACUACCCAGACUUUUAAAUCACUUGAUAAUUAUUGUAAACCUACUAAGGUACCUUCAUCAAGUGAUGAGGAUUCAGAUGUAUUUAUUAAUGAUCAAAGUGAAUCAUCUAUUGAAACAAAACAGAUAUAUUUUAAAUAUACUAACAAAAACAAAAAAAAACCUAAGAAGAAAUUAGUAUUUAUUGAUGAUGAAGCAGAAGAAAGCUCAGACUGUGCUGAUUUAAAAACAUCUGAUGAAGAAAGUCAUGAAUAUGACAAUUUUGAUUCUAGUUUUAUAGAUGAUUUAGACAAGACUGAUGUUGCAUCCAUAAGUAUGACAAAACAGUAUCUUCAAUCAGUAAAAAGUCCAGCUGUUAAUAGAGGGGUUUUUAAAAUACCUCAAUUAACAACAAAACAUUACAACAUGGAUGUUUACUCUCAAGCUGUGGAAAAAAAUGACAGUAACUAUUUAGAAGAUUCAUUUUGUGUGCAAGAUACUUCAGAUAUAUAUACUUCAUCCAGCACUAGUGGUGCUCAUCAAACAAAUGAGGAAUGUCCAUUACCACCACUACGUUCAUUCAAAUGUAGACCAGAAAAAAGAAAACGUAUAUUGUCUCCUCAGAAAAGUGAUAGUGAUGAUAGCCCAGAUCAAUUUCACAAAAAGAAUCUUCAUAAAAGAAUUAGGAUAAACAAUAUAUUGGAUUCUAGCUAGUAUUAUAUCCUAUUGUGAUUAUAUGUAGUACUAUUUAGACAAUUUAAUCUAAAAAUUCCUAAUUUACACUAUUGUGAUUUUCAUUUAUAUCAGAUUAUGAGAAUUAAAUUUUUAUGUUAUAAUUUAUACAUGUUCAGUACAAACAACAUAAGGUGAUUUUUUUAUUUUGCUAGUUUUUAAUGAAUUAUACGGACAUAUAAUUUUA